AUUUUUUUGUUUCUUUUUGUGGAUUUGAUUAUGAUACAUUUCAUUUGUAACUUUUGUUUUGAAAACCUAUAUCAUUAUAUCCAUUCUUUCUGUUCCGUGCAUAAUCUUCUUAAUCAUAGAUCUGGUUUGUUAGAUUAUAAUUUUAGAUUCUGGGCACUAUUUCAUUUGCUGUAGAAAGAUUAAUGCAAGUAGAUCUGCAUGUUGCCUUGAUUAUACACUUCAAACUCUUGUCUUGUUGUUAAAACUUCACGUACAUUAGUAGAUCAUAGUUGGGUAUUUGCAUAUGAAUGGUAGUAGAAAUGUUUCGUUUAGUUGGCUCAAGAUUUAUCAAUAUGGGUCCAGUACUGGAGCAUGUUUUGACAAACAUUCAAUGGGGUGUUGGAGAAAGAAACUGUUAUGGCUUCAAUGUAGUGGUGGAGAAAGAAACUUUGAUAUGUCUUUUUUCUUUACCUUUGAAUCGUAGGCUAGCAUGCAAUGCCGAAUAGGACAGUGAUCAUCUUCUUCUUUAAGUAUCUGAUUUGAAGAUGUUUGUGAAGAGAGGUGAACUUUGAUAUGUCUUUUUUCUUUACCUUUGAAUCGUAGGCUAGCAUGCAAUGCCGAAUAGGACAGUGAUCAUCUUCUUCUUUAAGUAUCUGAUUUGAAGAUGUUUGUGAAGAGAGGUGAAUUUUCAAUUAGCACAGUUAGAAUAGAAUGAUAUUAAUUGGGUUUAAUGAGUGACGCAUGGAUCAAUUUAAGAGCUUCUGUAUACCAAGAUAGUGAGUUUUAGAAACAUUGAGCAUUGUUUUUUACCUAGUCUUACAUAUAUGCACCCAACUCGUUAGAGUCUCUCAACGUAGGCAUAUCUCUAUAUUUUUACUUAUUUAGGGAUUGUUUUUGUGUACAUUUUUCUAGUCAUUUGAUCUAUGCCUUCUUAAUUUGAAGUAGCUUGUUACACAAUAGAUCAAAAAGACAAGCUACAAGCUUGUGGUUUGCUCCUGCAAGUUCUGAGUAUUGAGUCUUGGUGCCUUCAUAGCAGUUUUCUUGGUAUUUCAUAAGAAAACAAGGCUUGUUAAAUUUGUUAGUUUUCAACCAAGCCAGGUUCUCCUUUUGGGCAGAUUCACAUUUGUUGUGCAGUGUUCUGUUUCGAAAGUCUGUGCAAUCAGAACUUGGCUGUCAAUCUGUUACUUCUUUGUAUGUUGACCAGAUUCCUGUACGUAAGUGGAAGCUGUAGUGGGUUUAGAAAAGUUAACCGCGACACCAUUUCUUUGUUUAUUUUACUUCCUUGAAUGAAUAAAGAUGCCAGAAAUGUUAGCUAAACUUAACUUUGAAAACUGUCAUUGAUAAGACAUUUAUAUAACUUUGUAUAAUAUUAUAUAUUUUUGGGGCUGAUACUUUGUAGGGCUUGUAUGAUUUUGUCCUAAGUCUUUCUCUAAAUAAGUUACACUAAAAGCAUUAAGCCCCAAUCUUCUAACUCAUCGAUACGUUAAUGAUUCUCAAUUUCUCAUUCACAUUAACAUGUUUGCUAUUAGUUAAUGUUAGACUUUGGCUUUCAUAAAAUAAGGAAAAAAAAUGAAAAAUAAGAAUGCUUAUCUUCCUAUCUCGCUUUAAGUAAUGGUAUUACCCCUUAAAACUCUCUCUCUCUCUCUCUCUCUCUCUCUCUCUCUCUUAUGUAUAAUUAGUUUCAAAUCUACCUUUAAACAAUAUAUCUCGUCUAAAAACCCAAACAUAACAUUCUACCCAUUUUGCUUUUCUUCUUUAUUUUCAAAGAUUUGCCUGGUCACAUAAUAUUAGUAACAUUUUACCGUGUUAUGAACCAAUUUGGUUCCAACAUCAACAAAAUUACUGUUCUAUUUUAUGUUUGUACACUAACACAUGGCUUGGCCUUGAUGAGUUCGAAGUCUUCCUAUUUUUGUUCAUAUAUAACUUAUUUUCAAUCUCGAUUUAAUGCGCCGGUCAGAGUGACGGUGGCAUCAACUUUUACUUGGGCUGCAUCAAUAAAAGUUUUUACCAUAAUAAAAAUCUUCAACCAUUGACGUCAUAAUGUUGGGUGAUUUUGGUACAUGUAUAUGUACCUCUACGACCACAGUAAAUUCGGUACUACUAGGGACAGUAACUUUUCUCCACCCAAAGUUGAAAAAGUCAGUGUGGAGGAGUAGGUAAAAUUGGUAGGAAAGGAAGCAGAACAUAAAAACAAAACAAAAACAGAAAAAUCAAUUAUUGGCACGCUAGAACCAUGAAAAAAACUAGCAGAGGCCUCAGCUUGGACCACAUUGAAAAGGUACUUACUUUAUGUCCCAGACCCUCAAGGGUCAUCCUUAAUGGUCAAACUUUGAGAAGCCCAUAGUGGCAAAAUCGUAAAUUUACUUGAAGCAAGCACGUGCAUGAAAGUCCAAACAAGGGUAUCUCAGUCUCAGUAAUGUAGUGUUUGCUUAUGUGGUACCAAGGAAAUAUAGCCGUUGGAAAAUAAACGACUCCAUUGAAAGACCAACCCAGGUUUUUCAACACAAACCGUUAUCAUUGUAAGAAGAAAACUAGCCGUUGGUGGAUAAAUUUAACGAAGAUGAAUACUCUGACCCCAUAUGCCUCCUCCUGACCUGCAUCUCUCUCCUCCCCCCAAAAAACCCAUGAAUAUUCUCACAUGAUUUAGCUAUCUUUAUCAGUUCAUAAACCGCUUCUCUAUCUCUAUCUCUCUCUCUCUCUCACUCUCACUCUUCUUCCUCAAAUACCAUAUUUCUUCUUUCUUUCUUUCUUCAUUAUCUCACUCACUUCUACUUCUUCUUCUUUCAUGGUUGUUCUUCAUAUACUUUGUUGAAACAAGAGAGCUUUGAAGUAAAGAAAGAGGAGAAAGAAAGAGUGAUUGAACUACAUAGAACUCAACUCAUCUUCCUUCUUUCUCCUAUUUUUUUUCAGUUUAGUUUCAUGGGAAAUAAAUGCUACAAGUGUCUUAGCUUAUUUAGCAAGUUUGUCUUAUAUGGAUUCUUGUUUUUUCAACUUAUUAUCUUGUAUUCCGAGCCUGUUUCAGGGCAAUCAUGGGAUGGGAUAAUAGUCACGCAAGCUGAUUUUCAAGCGCUUCAAGCCUUGAAACAUGAUCUAAUCGAUCCGAAAGGCAUUCUUCGGAGCUGGAAUGACAGUGGAUAUGGUGCUUGUUCUGGUAAAUGGUUAGGAAUCAAGUGUUUGAAGGGACAAGUUAUUGCUAUCCAGCUUCCAUGGAAGGGUCUAGGUGGCAGAAUCUCCGAGAAGAUUGGACAGCUCCCAGCUCUUAGAAAGGUUAGUCUUCAUGACAACUAUCUCUCUGGCAGUGUUCCAUGGUCUCUUGGGUUCCUUCCCAAUCUCAGAGGAGUCUACCUCUUCAACAACAGACUUUCUGGUUCUAUCCCCCCUUCAAUUGGUAACUGCCUUUUACUCCAAACUCUUGAUCUAAGUAACAAUUCACUCAAUGGUCCUAUUCCUUUUAGUCUUUCAAACUCUACCAAGUUAUUUAGACUCAAUCUUAGCUAUAAUUCUCUUUCUGGUUCUAUCCCAAUUGGUCUCACCAAGUCCCCUUCUCUUACAAUCCUUGCUCUUCAACACAACAAGUUCUCUGGAUCUAUUCCAAGUACUUGGGCUAGUGGGACAAGAAACAACGCUUACCACCUCCAAAUUUUGACCCUCGAUCAUAAUAACUUCUCUGGAAUGAUCCCAACUUCCCUUAGCAAAUUGGGUCAACUUGAACAAGUUUCUAUUAGCAAUAACCAGAUUACUGGGACCAUACCAAAUGAACUAGGGAGUUUGACAAGACUUCAAAAUCUUGACUUAUCAAAUAAUGCCAUCAAUGGAAGUUUGCCUACUAGUUUUUCCAACCUCUCUUCAUUAGUUCUUCUCAAUCUUGGGGGAAACCACCUUGGGAAUCAGAUCCCACAAUCCUUGGAUGGAUUGCAUAAUCUUUCAGCUCUGAUUCUGAGAAAUAAUCAGUUCAGUGGUCCCAUUCCAGAUACCCUUGCCAACAUCUCUGGAAUCAACCAAAUGGACCUAUCUGGGAACAAGUUCACAGGAGAAAUUCCAGCUUCUUUUGUCAACCUAGCAAAUCUCACAUCUUUCAAUGUUUCUUACAACAAUCUAUCUGGCUCUGUCCCAUCCCUACUCUCCAAAAAAUUCAACUCAAGUUCUUUUGUGGGGAACAUUCAGCUCUGUGGGUAUAGCACUUCAUCCAUAUGUUCUUCUCCCACAUCUGAAAACCCUCCUGCUCCAUCACCAGAAGCUCCAAAGAAGAAGCACCAUCACCACAAACUAAGUACAAAGGAUAUUCUUCUAAUAGCGGCCGGUGUUCUCCUAGUGGUUCUUCUACUAUUGUGCUGCUUUUUGCUUUGUUGCUUCAUCAGGAAGAAGGCUGCUUCGAAAGGAAAGGAUGGUAAAACUUCCAAGCAGGCUGCAGCAGGUGGCACUGAGAAGGCAGCUUCUGCUAGCACUGAAGUUCAAUCUGGUGGUGAUGCUGGUGGAAAGCUUGUUCACUUUGAUGGUCCAUUUGUAUUUACAGCUGAUGACUUGCUAUGUGCAACAGCAGAGAUAAUGGGAAAGAGUACUUAUGGAACAUCGUACAAGGCAACUCUAGAGGAUGGUAAUCAAGUUGCGGUGAAGAGGUUGAGAGAAAAGACUACGAAGGGGCAGAAAGAGUUUGAAUCUGAGGCUGCUGCUCUUGGGAAAAUUCGACAUCCUAAUCUCCUAGCCCUUAGAGCCUAUUACUUGGGACCUAAGGGAGAGAAGCUUCUUGUUUUUGAUUAUAUGUCUAAAGGAAGUCUUGCUUCCUUUCUUCAUGCUCGGGGUCCAGAGACUGUCAUUGAUUGGCCAACAAGGAUGAACAUAGCCAUGGAUGUUACACGGGGACUUCUCUACCUCCACACUCAAGAGAACAUGGUUCAUGGAAACUUAACAUCGAGCAACAUACUACUAGAUGAGCAGACUAAAGCCCACAUUGCAGACACUGGCCUUUCCCGGCUCAUGACAAGUGCAGCCAACACAAAUGUUAUUGCCACUGCUGGAUCUCUUGGCUACAACGCGCCAGAGCUCACCAAGACAAAGAAGGCCAACAUCAAAACCGAUGUCUACAGCCUUGGGGUGAUCAUAUUGGAGCUCUUAACAGGAAAAUCCCCAGGAGAGCCCAUGAAUGGUAUGGAUUUACCACAGUGGGUGGCUUCCAUUGUUAAAGAGGAGUGGACAAAUGAAGUUUUUGAUUUGGAGCUGAUGAAAGAUGCCCCUGCUAUAGGCGACGAGUUGCUCAACACAUUGAAGUUAGCCUUGCAUUGUGUCGAUCCCUCACCAGAAGCAAGGCCAGAAGUGCAACAAGUUCUUCAUCAGCUCGAGGAGAUUAAGCCAGAGGCGGCAGCAGCAGCAGCUGCAGCAGUACCUUCCGCUAGCUCUGCUGAAGAAGGAACCAAAGAUGAGUAAAGAUUAUCAUAUCAUUAUAUGAUGAAGAAGAUGGAAAUCUAUUUAGAGGGGUAGAGUUUAGUAAUUGAAAUUCUUUUAUUCUUAUUUGUGUGGUAAUAUGUGUAUAUAUAGGGGUUUAUUUGGUUACAAUUCUUCUAUUUGUUGAUGAUGAGAGUUUUUUUUGGUAGCAAUGUUGAGAGAGCUAAUAAUGUUGUAUUUCAAUUUUAUUGAUCUGUUCAAAAAGACAGAUAGAUAAUGUUUGAUGAAGUUUGUUAUGAAUUUAUUUUUCUUAAAUUAAAACUCUUUGAUUCUAA